GCGGGGCCGGGCCCGGGCAGAGCGCACCCAGCGCCGCCUUCCUGUCCUGUCCUGUCCUUUCCCUUCCCUUCCUUCCUUCCCCUCCCUUCCCUUCCCCUCCCAUUCCCUUUUUCCCUUUCCCUUCCCCCGCCGCCAGCGCCUCCCCCUUGGCCGCACCGUGCGGGAGCGGGGCGGUGGGGGGGCGGGCGGCUUUGCCUGCCGGGGCGGAGCGGAGCGGCGGGGGCGCGGAAAUCGAGGCCGGGGUUGGGUCGCGGCCUGCUGGGUGCUGCGGGAGGAGGAGAAGGAAGGAGAAGGAGGAAAAGGAGAAGGAGGCCCCGCAGCCCCCGCCGCCGCCGCCGCCCUUUGUCUCCGUUGCUCUGCGUGGACGCGGCGGGGGCCGUGAGAAUGGAAGUGACUGAAGGCCCUAUGAGAAAAAGGGAAAGCUAAGGAUGCUGGAGCAGAACAAUGGAUUUCUCUUUCUCUUUCAUGCAAGGGAUCAUGGGAAACACAAUUCAGCAACCACCUCAGCUCAUUGACUCCGCCAACAUCCGCCAGGACGAUGCCUUUGAUGCCAGCAGUGACAUUGCUGAAGAUGGGGGCCAAACCCCCUACGAGGCUGCCCUGCAGCAAGGCUUCCAAUACCCCACCCCCACCUCUGAGGACCUCCCCCCCAUUUCCAACGGGUUCCCCCCAACCAUCAACAUCUACGAGCCCCAAGCCAAGUACCAACCCUACAGCCAAUAUCCCAACGGCUCCGCCAAUGGCUAUGGGGCCUCCAGGAACUUCAGUCCCCAGGAAUAUUACCCCCUGGAAAAUUCCACCCCCAGAGCCCAGGAAGUGCUGGAAAAGCCUUCCCCACCCCAGCCACCACCUCCAGCCUCACAAACGGGGAUCCCAAAGAAGACUGGCUCACCAGAGAUCAAGUUAAAAAUAACCAAAACUAUCCAGAACGGCAGGGAAUUGUUUGAGUCCUCCCUGUGUGGGGACCUUUUAAAUGAAGUGCAAGCCAGUGAGUAUGCCAAGGCAAAACAUGAAGGGAGGAAAGAGAAAAGGAAAAAGAGCAGCAAGCACGACUCGUCCCGCUCGGAAGAGCGCAAGUCCCACAAAAUCCCCAAACUAGAACCAGAGGAACAAAAUAGACCAAAUGAGAGGCUUAGCAUGCUAUCAGAAAGGCCGAGAGAAGAUACAGUGUUGGAGGAACCCCAGGUCCAGCAGUUGUUGCCUUCUCUUCCAACACAAGUCACCCACGACAUCAAGUUUCAGGUUGGAGACCUGGUUUGGUCCAAGGUGGGGACAUACCCCUGGUGGCCUUGCAUGGUUUCAUGUGACCCACAGCUUGAUGUUCAUACCAAAAUUAACACGAGAGGUGCCCGUGAAUACCACGUCCAGUUUUUCAGCAACCAACCAGAGAGGGCCUGGGUGCACGAGAAGCGGGUUCGGGAGUACAGAGGACACAAGCAGUAUGAGCAGUUACUGGCAGAGGCUGCUAAGCAAGCCAGCAACCACUCUGAGAAGCAGAAGAUUCGCAAACCGAGGCCGCAGAGGGAGCGUGCUCAGUGGGACAUUGGCAUUGCCCAUGCUGAGAAAGCCUUGAAAAUGACUCGUGAGGAAAGGAUAGAACAAUACACCUUCAUUUAUAUAGACAAAGAGCCAGAGGAGGCUUUGUCAAAAGCCAAAAAGACUGCUGCUCCUAAAUCAGAGACCAAGAAGAACCGCCGACCCAAGCCAGCACCCAGCACCCAUCCAGACCCCCCCGAGGGGGCAGCAGCCUCACCCUCUGGUGCUGAGGCAAGGAGACAGAGCCAAAGGAGGCAGUCCAGUGUGGAGGAAGAGGAGCCACCUCCUGUGAAAAUAGCAUGGAAAACAGCUGCAGCUAGGAAGUCCUUACCACCUUCCAUAACCAUGCACAACUUGGACCUUCAAAAAUGUAACAUGUCUCCAGUUGUUAAAAUUGAGCAGGUUUUUGCCCUUCAGAACGCUGCUGGGGAUGGGAAGCUCAUCGAUCAGUUUGUUUAUUCCACUAAGGGAGUUGGUAACAAAACAGAAAUCAGCGUCAAAGGACAAGAGAAGCUUAAUUCUUCAUCAAAUCAGAGAAAUGAAAAAGCAGCAGUGCAAAAUGUCUCCUCUCCAGAAACAACUUCUGGGUCAACAGGUUCUGUAGAAAAGAAGCAACAGAGAAGAUCGAUUCGAACCCGCUCAGAGUCUGAGAAAUCCACUGAAGUUGUGCCAAAGAAGAAGAUCAAAAAGGAGCAGGUUGAAAUGGUUCCCCUGACAGCAGUGAAGACAGCGCUGCAGAAAGGUGCCAGCGAGAUUUCAGAUUCUUGUAAACCUCUAAAGAAAAGGAGUCGUGCCUCAACUGAUGUAGAGCUGACUAGCUCAGCUUACAGAGAUACAUCUGACUCUGACUCAAGAGGACUUAAUGAUGUACAGGGCAGCUUUGGAAAACGUUCUGACAGCCCUUCAGCUGCUGCUGAUGCUGAUGCUUCUGAUGUGCAGUCAGUAGACUCCAGUUUAUCCAGGAGAGGAACUGGAACAAAUAAAAAAGACACUGUUUGUCAGAUCUGUGAGAGCUCUGGAGAGUCUCUGGUGUCCUGCGAGGGCGAGUGCUGCAGCGUCUUUCACGUGGAGUGUCUUGGCCUGAAGCUGAUGCCUGAUGAGAAGUUCAUCUGCACAGAGUGUAAAAAUGGAGAACACACGUGCUUUUCCUGCAAGCUCCCUGGCAAGGACGUGAAGCGUUGCUCUGUCAGCAGCUGUGGGAAGUUUUACCACGAGGUUUGUGUCCGCAAGUUCCCCACCGCCCUCUUCGAGUCGCGGGGCUUCCGCUGCCCCCAGCACUGCUGCACAGCCUGCUCCAUGGACAAGGACAUCCACAAAGCCAGCAAAGGUCGCAUGGUGAGAUGUUUCAGAUGUCCCAUUGCCUAUCACUCAGGAGAUGGCUGUAUUGCUGCAGGAAGCUUGUUUGUGUCAUCCCACAUUCUCAUCUGUAGUAACCAUUCCAAAAGGAAUCACUCCUCAUCAGCUGUAAAUGUAGGCUUUUGUUUCGUUUGUGCAAGAGGGUUGGUAGUGCAGGACCAUUCAGACCCCCUGUUCAGUUCAUAUGCCUAUAAGUCCCACUACCUACUGAAUGAAUCAAAUCGUGCUGAGUUGAUGAAAUUACCUAUGAUUCCUCCUCCUUCGUCAGCUUCCAAAAAGAAAUGUGAGAAAGGUGGCAAACUCUUGUGCUGUGAGUCCUGCCCAGCUUCCUUCCACCCCGAGUGUCUCAACAUAGAAAUGCCUGAGGGAUGCUGGAAUUGCAAUGACUGCAAAGCUGGCAAGAAGCUGCGUUACAAGCAGAUCGUUUGGGUCAAGCUUGGGAAUUACAGGUGGUGGCCAGCAGAGAUCUGCAAUCCCAGGUCUGUGCCUCUCAACAUACAGGGCCUCAAACAUGAUAUCGGGGACUUCCCAGUAUUUUUCUUUGGUUCACAUGACUACUAUUGGGUACACCAGGGCAGAGUUUUCCCUUAUGUUGAAGGAGAUAAAAGCUUUGCUGAGGGGCAAACUAGUAUUAACAAGACCUUCAAGAAAGCACUUGAAGAAGCAGCAAAACGUUUCCAGGAACUGAAAGCACAAAGAGAAAGCAAAGAGGCAUUAGAAAUUGAAAGGAAUUCAAGGAAACCUCCACCUUAUAAACACAUUAAAUCCAACAAAGUGAUAGGGAAGGUUCAGAUCCAGGUGGCUGACCUCUCAGAGAUCCCUCGCUGUAACUGCAAACCCUCGGAUGAGAACCCCUGCGGGCUGGAGUCCGAGUGCCUCAACAGGAUGCUGCAGUAUGAGUGUCACCCCCAGGUCUGCCCUGCUGGGGAACGCUGCCAGAACCAGUGCUUCACCAAAAGGCUCUACCCUGAUGCUGAAAUCAUCAAAACUGAUCGGCGGGGAUGGGGUCUCAGGACAAAGAGGAGCAUUAAAAAGGGUGAAUUUGUGAAUGAGUAUGUUGGAGAGUUAAUUGAUGAGGAGGAGUGCAGGCUGCGGAUCAAACGUGCACAUGAGAACAGCGUAACCAAUUUUUAUAUGUUAACUGUAACAAAGGACCGGAUCAUAGAUGCUGGCCCAAAGGGGAAUUACUCUCGUUUUAUGAACCAUAGUUGUAAUCCAAACUGUGAAACACAGAAAUGGACAGUGAAUGGUGACAUUAGAGUUGGACUCUUUGCUCUUUGUGAUAUUCCUGCAGGAAUGGAGUUAACAUUUAAUUAUAAUUUGGACUGCCUGGGCAAUGGUAGGACUGAGUGUCAUUGUGGAGCAGAGAACUGCAGUGGUUUCCUAGGAGUGCGUCCAAAGACAGCAUUUGCAACAGCAAACGAAGAGAAGGUGAAGAAUGCAAAGUUAAAGCAGAAGAAAAGGAAAAUGAAAACUGAGCAGAAGCAGAUGCAUGAGGACAACUGCUUCCAGUGUGGAGAUGGGGGAGAGCUGGUCAUGUGUGAUAAAAAGGACUGUCCCAAAGCUUACCACCUCCUAUGCCUUAACCUGACUCAACCACCUUUUGGAAAGUGGGAAUGUCCGUGGCAUCAGUGUGACAUCUGUAGCACCCCUGCAGUUUCAUUCUGUGAGUUCUGCCCACACUCCUUCUGCAGAGACCACGAGAAGGGAGCCCUGGUGGCCUCGGCGCUGGACGGCCGCCUCUGCUGCUCAGCACAUGACCCCAAAUCUCCUGUGGCACCCGAGUACUGGAGCAAGAUAAAGUGCAAAUUGGAAGCACAGAAUCCUGUAGAAGAAGCAGCAAAGGAGUGAAUUUGGUUCAACACGAGGGAAGGGAGGAAAGGGGCAAACAGGCAAUGAACCUGGAGACUGCUGUGACACAUUCAGUCUUUGUCAUCAGAGCCAUCGUGUGUGAGCUGGGAAUGGGACCAUUUAAUCUUAGCAAGCAGAAGCAGGCAGUGGUGUUUUGUUUUUUGUUGUUUGAUCUUUCUUUUACCCUUGAAUGUGCUACAGCAGCUCUUUAAUGUUUGGAACCAGAAGCAUCUUGGCCGUCAGAGAAAAACGUAGACCUUUUGGCAGUGAAAAGAGUAUUCUGUUUAAAAUAUGUUCUUUUGAGUGUAGAAAGCAAAACAGAGCAACAUAUUUAUUUAUUUAAUUUUUAAAAGGGUGUUGAAGCUCUGGCUUCAGUCAGUCUCUACAAAACAGCAAAGCCAGUGUAACUUUUCUGUCUAGUUUACAAUAAGAAUAAAUCCUCCCCACUCUGUGUAACGUUGAGAUCCCAUAGAGACAGAUGGGGGUUUCAGACCAGGUGACCCUGAAAUGCCUCAAUUCCAGUCUUUGUUUUCAAAGGCAUUUUGAGCAGGUAGGUUAGAGAUCAUGGUAGCUUUUGAGUGUUAUUGUGAAGCUUUUCCUGUGAGAAACCAGGUGUGUGACUUCUUGGAAGUGCUUGUGACACGAGGCAUGGUUUAAGGAAGGAUAAAAUCAUGGUUCCAUGCUCAAGAGCUGUAAUCAGUGCUUGCAGGCAGGUGGAACAUCAGGAAGAGGUUAAUUGCAGUGGUUAUUUCUUUCUCCCACCUCAUUUGGAGAAAACCUUCCUAGUUCAGAGGGUCUGCCAGCUCAGUUGUGCAGCACACUCAGAAUGAAGCCUUCCUCCUGCCCAUGGGAGCUCUGCCUGGGACUCCUCUGUCAGUGGGGACUGGUUCUGUGUUUGUUACCUUUGGAGUUUGCUCCUGUCCCCUGGCAGUUUUAUCAGUGUGAUUCUUAUUGCUGCUUCUCAGACUCCUCUGAGCUUCAGGGGAAGUCUGAGUGUUGAAGGAAUCCCAUCCCUCUGUGUGUGUGUUUGCUUUGAGUGAAUGCUGAGGUUUGAUUUUUUUUGUGUGUUUGUUUCUUUGCUGAGAGAGCUCUUCUGAUUUUAAUCUUCAUUGUUGCUGGAGCUAAGGGAAAUCUCAGCACUUCUCCAGUCAACAGGGUGUUUCCUCUUGGGUCUCCUCUGCUCCUCAGCAGAGGGACAGGCUCCCUCAGUCAGGCUUUGGAAGUGGCUUUGGGAAGCACCAGCUCCAGAUUUUUCUUUGGAAAACCUGUCCUCCUCCACCCCUGGUGUGCAGAGCCUCAGGGGUCUGGUUUCCCCAGGCUGAAGGGGGUCUUUGUGACCCCCCCCUGCAUGGCUUUUAUAACCAAUAUAACCCAAUAAUGGGUAUUGAAGAUAGUCCUGAAGGGAAAGAGUCAUGAUCAGGUGUUUGCUGGAUUCUGGCUAAAUAUGAAUUAAAAACCUUUUCUCUGGAAAACUGCUUGCAGAAACCUAGAGGAACUUAGUGAUUUCUCACCAGACUGAAAAAGAUUUACCUGUGGGAUUUUGGGACACAUCUUGGCAUUGGCUGGUGUCCUCCUCAUCCUCAAAUUUAUGGACAGGGGGGAGAUUAUUUUUUGUUUGUUUGUUUCUGUGCAAUGUUAAACUUACAGAAUACACUACAGGCUCUGCAAGCAGCUUCUGUGCCACUGAACUGACCUGGCAGUCCCAUCCCCAGGAGUCUGCAGGGUGGCAGGAGUGCCAUGGACAUGGCUCAGUUUAGGGUACAGAGGGCUGGAGGGAUUUACAAAGCACUUCAUCUCGUGGUCUGUGCUGCAGUGAAUGUCUGGAACACUACUCUUUGCUUGAAAGCAGUGCUAUAUUUUGGUAUUUUUUACAGAAAAAAAAAGAAAAAAAAAAUUUACAAAAAGGAUUUUAUUUUUCUUAACAUUUUUGUCUGAUAAAUGUCUCUUUUUAAGCUCUUACUGGGGGUGUUUCACCUUUCCAGGAUUCCAAACAUGGCUCUUGCUGCAGUGUCUGUAAGGCCCCACGUGUUUACUUUAUAUUAUUUAUGAGGCUUGGUGAUGUUCUCAUGGUUUUCUCUUCCAGCAUUGAACAUUGCAGGUGAGCUGUGUGUGAGCCCACCUCCCUGCUUUGGUUUUAUUUUUAUUUUUUUUUCUUGUCAUUCUGUGUCCUUGGUCACUUGUGGAGCAGAGGGCACUGGUGUGAUGGCACCAAAAGACCCUGGCAGGGAAGAACCACAGACCAUGGGUCACCAGAGGGCACAGGAAGCUUCAGAGAAGGCUUAAAAACUUGUAAAAUGCUGUGAAUUGAGGGCUGCUGCUACUCCUGUGCCAUGUCACUUGAUGUCUUGGUUAACUUUGCUUUUAAACUUCUUGGAGGUGCUUCUUUUGUUCACCAAAAAAGAAAAAAAAAAGAUAAAAUAAUAAAAAAAAUAUAAAUAAUAGCCAACACCAGGGCUUGGACUUGAAAGGGAAAAGAGGAGAUUUGGUUGAUAAGUUUGUACCUGAACAAAAUGUCUGAACUGGAUUUCACAUUAUUGGAGAGAAAGUGAAUUUUG